AUUUAAAGAGGAAGCAGAGGGUUCUGAUGUGGUAUUAAUAAAUGGGGAGAAAUAAGUUAAAUCUUCAGUUUAGUAAUGUUUAAAAGAAAACAAAUAGGUAUCUCAGAGGAACUAAAAAUAGAAUUUUUUCCACUGAGGUCUGACAUAUUGUUUGUCUAUACAUGGGGAGUUUGACUUAUUAUUGGAGUAGAAUUUUUGCUCCAGCUUCAGAGGAUGUGGAAAAAGGCCAUGGGAACAAACUCAGCUGGUAUGGGGAAACUGACAUUUUAUGACUAGAGUCCUAAUCAUAAAUGAAAGCUCUGGUAUCAGGUCCAUGCAGGUCUGGGUCUUCUGGGAGGGCUCCGAAUUGGACAUUCAGCAUCUGUUCUUUCCUCUGCGAUCCCAUUCCUAGUUACCAUCCUCCUGUUGGAGUUUUCCUUACCUCCCAUCUCUUCCUCAACUCCCCAAAUGUGGUUUUGGAAUUUAGGGUUUUGAAUGGGCAAUCAUCACAUGGGUCAACUGUAAAAACUAGGUAAGUGAAAAGUUUUCCUAAAAUCACUACCUGGGUUGAGUGUUUUAAUCAUAAUGAUAAGGAUAAGCGAGUUUAGAACCUUUCUUACCUCUUUGUCCAAGGCUGAGCUGGAAGCUGGAAGGGGACAUAACCACAGUCAGAAAGCCCAUUCUAAAAGAUUCUAGAAAAUCCCGCAGUUGCAGAGCCUGGCAGUCGGGACAGCAGUUCUAGAGCAGGGCACAUAGCAGACUUGUAGCAGUUUUUCUCUGGGUAGCCCAGAAGGUCAAGGGGUCAGUGGAGGAAGGAAGUGAGUGACAACAGAAGAGUCAGAGUAGGGAGACCUCUUGGGGCUUCCCAGUGGGGGGGGGUGCAGGUGGGGCAGGCUCCCUGGGAGAAGGGCAGUGAGGGAGUGAGGUGCUGUCCUGUGCCCAGGGAAAUCAGGAGGGAGUGGCAAGGGGCAACCCGCCAUUGGCAGAGUGACUCCCUCAUACCCACCUGAGACUCCAGACUCAUUCUUGACGAGAUUGGCCCCUUCUCAAAGGAGGAAGCUUUCCUUGUAACUCUGUCAAAAAGCCACGUUUUUCUUUCUCUUCCUAUCCCAGUGACUAUGUCCAGCAAAUAUUUAGAAAAGGAGGGAAAUAGGAAAGCCCGAAACCAAAAGCCAGAAAAGUCCUCUAGAGAAGGUAAAUGGAAUUGCCGAUUUUAUUUUACUUUGCUUUUUGCCCACUGUUAUGAAAAGUUCUCAUUUGACCUAAAAGAGUUCUAUGUAUUGAAACGAGAAGACAAUGUUGCUUCAGGGGGAACAGGUUGGACUCUAGGAAAAGUUUGGGUCACUCCAGCAUUUGCCCAGUUCCUGCCUUUCCUCAGAGGACCUGGUGCUUUGAUACAAUUAAAAUGUCACUGUUGAAGCAAUAACUUUGAAUAUUUUUCUACAACUAGGCGAUUUUCUUGGGGGGGAAAGGGGGAAGGAAGAGUUUCUUUAUAAAAUUAGAGCUUUAUGUUGAGAAACAAAACACAUUGAGAGCCAUUUAGUGUUUUACUUGCAAUAUUUAAAAUUAAACUCUGAAAGGCUUUUAGGUCCGGAUGCGGUACCUUACAAAUUUCUGAGCCUGCACACGUGGGAGCUUAUCCCUGCAAAGAGAAUUGAAUGGUCACUCUCCCCAUUUAGUAUCCAGUGAAGGAUUCCGUCAAGGGAGAAAUACAGAAGGUGUUGGUUAGGAGGUUCUGGCUUUACCUAAAUGAUUUACUUAAGGUCAAGUCAGAACCUAUCUAGGAUUAGACAUCUGCAGGAAUUAUUUAGCAAUCUUGGGCCUUCUGUAGCCCUUUUUUGGGGUGAAAUACAUCAGAGUUUGGGUUUUUGUUGUAUUCUUUUUCUUCCUGAUUUAAAAAGUGAUCCCUAGAAGCAAGUGUUGUCUUUGUCCUCGAUUCUGCCUGGUGGACAGACUGGGAAGCCUCCUGGAUGUCAUGAUAAGCCUGCACCAGCUGGCUUACUCACUAGAGAGAGGGUAGGUAACUCCUUGAACUAAAAAUCCUCCAAACUUGAAGGAAGAUUCCUCUUGCUAAGGAAAAAUUACUUAUCUAGAUCACUUUGUGUUUUGGGUGUACCUGAAGACUAUGACCCCCCUCCUAGUAUAAACAUCACUCAGUAAUCCCCUGUGUGAAUUUGAGUGUGGUUUAUUUUACAUUGUAAAAUGUCAUUUCUAACAUUUUUGCUAUGAAGUCCUGAAUUUCUAACUUGCUUCUAAAUUGCUAAAUGCCACACUUUCCUGACUAUUCUGGCAUUCUUUGAAAUGCACAGGAAAUGUCUGUAGGUUUGGCAAGCUCUCCCCACCCCCUUCUCCGCACUCUUAUUCCAAAAAUGUACAUUCAGCAUUUGAGAGCUUUUAAUCAUCUUCCCUCUUAGCUCCCUUAAACACACUUGUACUCACACUUUUUAUGAAGUUAAAACAGUUUCAUUUUCAAUCAGCUGACUUAGAAGGACCAUAUUUAUCCUUAACCUUUGUCAGAUAUCCCUAAAAACCUCAACUUCAAAAAAUCUUCUAUACUUCAAUAAUGCUAUUUUUAUAAAUGCAUGCCAAGUCUGUGAAUAUGUUUUUUUUUCCAUCUGAACUUAUUUUUCAAAUGCAGCAGUAUGAAAAUUGGGGGUGGAGGAAACAUCACCAGAAACUGAAGUGCUGGAAGUUAAAAUUGGGGACAUUACUUGAAAUAAUCAGAAUAAAAAAUUCUUCAUUCCUUUAACAUUCUACAAAUACUGUUUUGAACAUAUACCAUUGUUUUAGGCCCUCCUGAUACAGCAGUGAACAAAACAGACAAAAUCCUUGCUCUUAGGAAGCUCAAGUUCUAGUGGAAGGAGACAGACAAGAAAUAAAUUAAGGAAAACAAAGCAGAGAUGGAGAACAGGGGAUGUUUGUUUACAAAUUUUUUAAAAAGGAAGUCUUUGAGCAGUCUUGAAGGGGGUGAACUAAGGGGCUAUGCUGACAUCCAGGGGGAAGAAAGUCCCAGGCACAGGAAACAACAGCAAGUGCACAAGUUCCCAGGAAUACAGUCGUGGAGAGAAUGAGAAACAGCUAGGAGAAACUGGAGAAACUGACUGGAGCAGCAGGUGAUGAGGUCAAAGAAGUAAAAGGAGGCACCAGGCAGGGCCUUUAGCGUCUUGUCGGAUAAUGUAGGUACUGUGGCUUUUACUGUGAUGACAUGGGAAGUCCAGAGAAGCAUUUCAGAUAAGGGAGUGACAGAAUCUCAUUUAACAAGACCAAUCUGGCUGCUGGGUGGAGGAGGCAAAAGGGCAGGUGUAAAAGAGGAGAGACCAGUUAGGAAGCCCCUGCAAUCAUCGUGACCAGAUAUUGAUCAGAAAAUGUGCUUGCAGAAUACAAAAAAGGAAGCAAUUAUUUUUUUGGCUGUUAUUAAGUUGUAAGAAGACCAAUUUGGCUGUUAACUCUGUUACCGCCUCUCCUCCAGACGCAGUGGGUUUGGAAGUCCUGGGAAGCUAAGUCUUCAAGAUUUUUUUCUCCUGAGCAACAAACAGAGUAACCUAGCAGGGUUUGGUGAGUGUGAUAAAGUAUGAGACUUUAUGGGUCUGUUUAAGAUAUCUGCUCCCUUCCAUUUUCCAAACUUGCCUGGGUGCCUGUUAGAAAUACAGAUUCUUGGGUCCUACCCUUUCAGUAAGCAUGGAAUGGAGUCCAUGGAAUAUGUACUUUCAGCAAGAAUAUAAGGGAUUCUUAUGUCUUGGAAGAUGGGGAAACUGCUUAACUCUAACCUCCCCACCUCCCGCAAACCCUUUGGGGUUUGCUGUGGACUGGGAAAUCGUUGCAGGGCGCCCAUACCGCCGGCAGGUGGCGCUAGGAGACCGCGAGGGGCAGAGUGCGGAGACGCGCGAGGCUCCAGGAGAGCGGGUCCGUGCGGUGUUGGGGCCAACCAGCUACCACUUAUCUCGGGCGGAGCGGCGCGCAAGAGUAGAGGAGUGGGGCACUGUCGGUGCCCGGGCUUCUUUUUACGCUAAUGUGCAUCUUAAGCUGUUCCUAGUCGGCUUCUCGGGCUGCUGGGGCAGGAAGGCGCAGCCUUCUCUGCACCGGCAUUGAGCACUUGGUGAGACCGCAACGCGAUGCAGCGAGAACCGGCUGCUUGGCGCCGCAGGACGUAAGUCCAACCCUACCAACUAAGGCGCCAAGAUCUACUACCGAGGCUCGUCUAGGAGCCGUGGCUUCUCCAAAGGCCCCUUUUUAUUGGCAGCCGUACAGAAGGCCCCGCCCCCUUUCGUACAGCUCUCAUCUGUGACUGGCUCUCGGGUCCCAGCUGGCCACUCCUCCUUCCCUCGCACAUACACAAGAGUCACGCGCCUUUCAGUUGGAAACUUGGCGUGCUGAGGAGGACCGUGGCCCUCAUCUCCCCACCCACUCACCUUGCCAUUGGUCUGCGGCGCCGCUCAUAACCACGCCCCCAUUCCAGCCCCCUGGCUGGGAGGGCGGGCUCACGCUCAUGAUUGGCUGGUCGGCCUGCCUCUCGCAGGAGCGGCUGGAGCUUUCUCCUCCCUCUCCCUCCUCCCGCGAGCCUCCAGGUUCCUUAGCUGGAUCAGGCCGAGUUAGUGUCAGUCAGGGAGGUGGACUGUUGAGUACUCGGUGCGGACGCUCCGUUGCAAUCUCUCCCAGGGGCCGGUGCCUGCACUCGCGCCGCCGGGUGAGAAGGAUGAAGCCGCAGCUGGAGCAGCCACCCUAUGAUUGGCUGUGGCGCUUGUGAACCCGAAGUAAAGAUGGCGGGCGGGCAGGCAGCCGCCGCACUGCCCACUUGGAAGAUGGCGGCGCGCCGCAGCCUCAGCGCCCGCAGCCGGGGGGUCCUGCAGGCGGCGGCGGAGCGGCUGCUGCCGCUGCUACUGCUGAGCUGCUGCUGUGGCGCGGGAGGCUGCGUAGCGGCGGGCGAGAACGAGGAGACGGUGAUCAUCGGGUUGCGGCUAGAGGACACGAACGACGUGUCGUUCAUGGAAGGGGGGGCGCUGCGGGUGAGCGAGCGGACUCGGGUCAAGCUGCGGGUGUACGGGCAGAACAUCAACAACGAGACGUGGUCCCGCAUCGCCUUCACCGAGCACGAGCGGCGGCGCCACAGCCCCAGCGAGCGCGGGCUGGGGGGCCCCGCGCCGCCGGAGCCGGACAGCGGCCCCCAGCGCUGCGGCAUCCGCACAUCAGAUAUCAUCAUCUUGCCCCAUAUCAUUCUCAACCGCCGUACAUCGGGCAUCAUUGAGAUCGAGAUCAAACCGCUGCGCAAGAUGGAGAAGAGCAAGUCCUAUUACCUGUGCACAUCGCUGUCCACGCCAGCCUUGGGUGCCGGCGGCCCGGGGUCCGCGGGUGGCGCUGUCGGGGGCAAGGGUGGCUCCGGAGUGGCCGGGCUCCCGCCGCCCCCGUGGGCCGAGACCACCUGGAUUUACCACGAUGGCGAGGACACCAAGAUGAUCGUGGGCGAGGAGAAGAAGUUCUUGCUGCCCUUCUGGCUGCAGGUGAUCUUCAUUUCGCUGCUCCUGUGCCUGUCGGGCAUGUUCAGCGGCCUCAACCUGGGGCUCAUGGCCCUGGACCCGAUGGAGCUGCGUAUCGUGCAGAACUGCGGCACGGAGAAGGAGAAGAAUUACGCCAAGCGCAUUGAGCCCGUGCGCAGGCAAGGCAACUACCUGCUGUGCUCGCUGCUGCUGGGCAACGUGCUGGUCAACACCACGCUCACCAUCCUGCUCGACGACAUCGCCGGUUCAGGCCUCGUGGCGGUGGUGGUCUCCACCAUCGGCAUCGUCAUCUUCGGGGAGAUCGUGCCCCAGGCCAUCUGCUCCCGCCACGGCCUGGCUGUAGGGGCCAACACCAUCUUCCUCACCAAGUUUUUCAUGAUGAUGACAUUCCCUGCUUCGUACCCAGUCAGCAAGCUUCUGGACUGCGUCCUGGGCCAGGAGAUAGGCACAGUAUAUAACCGCGAAAAACUGCUGGAGAUGCUCCGAGUCACAGACCCCUACAACGACCUCGUUAAGGAGGAGCUGAACAUCAUCCAAGGGGCGCUGGAGCUCCGCACCAAGACCGUGGAGGACGUGAUGACUCCCCUCCGCGACUGCUUCAUGAUCACCGGCGAAGCCAUUCUGGACUUCAACACCAUGUCGGAGAUCAUGGAGAGCGGCUACACGCGCAUUCCAGUAUUCGAGGGGGAGCGCUCCAACAUCGUGGACCUCCUCUUUGUCAAAGACUUGGCCUUCGUGGAUCCAGAUGACUGUACUCCCCUGAAAACCAUCACUAAAUUUUAUAACCACCCCUUGCACUUUGUUUUCAAUGACACCAAGUUGGACGCUAUGCUGGAAGAAUUUAAGAAAGGUAAAUCUCACCUGGCUAUUGUACAGCGAGUAAACAAUGAGGGAGAGGGGGAUCCAUUUUAUGAAGUUCUGGGAAUUGUCACCUUAGAAGAUGUGAUUGAAGAAAUCAUCAAGUCUGAGAUUCUAGAUGAGACAGACUUAUACACGGAUAACAGAACGAAAAAGAAAGUGGCUCAUCGUGAAAGAAAGCAAGAUUUUUCUGCCUUUAAGCAGACAGAUAGCGAGAUGAAGGUUAAAAUAUCACCACAGCUUCUCUUGGCCAUGCACCGUUUCCUAGCAACAGAAGUAGAAGCAUUUAGCCCAUCCCAGAUGUCAGAGAAGAUCCUCCUAAGGCUGCUAAAGCACCCCAAUGUCAUCCAGGAACUGAAGUAUGAUGAGAAGAACAAGAAAGCCCCAGAAUACUACCUCUACCAGCGAAACAAACCUGUAGACUACUUCGUUCUCAUUUUGCAGGGGAAAGUGGAAGUAGAAGCUGGGAAAGAAGGUAUGAAGUUUGAAGCCAGUGCUUUUUCGUACUAUGGUGUCAUGGCCCUUACAGCUUCUCCAGUUCCUUUGUCCCUGUCUCGUACCUUUGUUGUCAGCAGAACAGAGUUGUUAGCAGCAGGUUCUCCAGGUGAAAACAAGUCACCUCCUCGCCCAUGUGGCUUGAAUCAUUCAGACUCUCUCAGUCGAAGUGACCGAAUCGACGCCAUCACACCGACCUUGGGGAGCAGCAAUAAUCAGCUCAAUGCUUCAUUCCUUCAAGUGUACAUCCCCGAUUACUCAGUGCGCGCCCUUUCUGAUCUCCAGUUUGUUAAGAUCUCAAGACAGCAGUACCAAAAUGCCUUGAUGGCAUCCCGGAUGGACAAAACUCCUCAGUCUUCAGACAGUGAAAACACUAAAAUUGAAUUGACUCUUACGGAGCUGCACGAUGGGUUGCCAGAUGAGACGGCCAACCUGCUCAAUGAACAGAACUGUGUGACGCACAACAAGGCCAAUCAUAGCCUGCAUAACGAAGGCGCCAUCUAGGGCGUACCCCCCAGCCCUCACCCCUCCCGUUCCUGAGGCCCCGAACCAGGCCACUGGGCCUCGGCCUCCGACUGACCGUGAAUCCCAUUAGUGUGAGCUUGUGUGCCAUGCUGCAUCCUGCAACAUCCUGAGACCAAAGACUUUGCCCCUUCCUGGAAGCAGCAGAGGAGGACCCUGAGGGCAGGAAUGGAGACUAGAGCUGGGAAACUGACAGCCCCGGUGUGGCUUUCGAGAUUUGGGAGAUGACCUUCUUCUGCCCAAAUAGAAUCAUGUUUAUUUUUUCAGCUGUACCUUUUAUUGUUAUUCACUCUCCUCCUUCCUUGAUUUGCAUGAAAUUGAAAAUUGUUGGGAUUUAUUUUUUUUCAAGAGAUCAUUGUUUUUAAAAAGUGUUUUUUGCAGAGUUUUAAGUUGUCCUGCCUGGACUCUGCUGUGACCCCAUGAUGUGACCCUUAAUAGGAUGGACUUGCCCCUCCAGUGGCCUUUCUUGGCCCACCCAGGGAGGGGCACCCUUCCUCCAUGCCCCAGUGGGUGUCGCUGUCGAACUUGAAGGAUGAAUGAAGAAAACCCGUGUUGCCGCAGCCCUGCCAGCCCGGGCCUGAGGCGCGGAGCCUGCACAGGGACCUGCACGCGCCUCUCUGAGCUCAGGGUUGUUUUCAGUUAAUGUUUAACUGUGUCCCUUUCCCUCAGAAAGGUUUAACAUUUGCUUGGAAUGUGAUUUUGCUCCCGCUCUAAGGAAUUUUUAUCACGAAAAUGAAUGUUAAUUAAUUUUAAACCCAUGGUUUAUCAUUGGCAAGAGGCAAGGUGACUUCAUCCCGACAUCCCUACAGCCUGGGAUCUCUGGCUCAGCCAGGCCUCCUCCCCGCCCCAGUGCCCCAGCUCACCAAGCGCCGUCAACCCCCCACCCCCAUCCCCCCAUCCUCGCUCUUGUUAACCCAAGAUGCUGCUAUACAGAUGCCAAACGGAAAUCUUCCACAAGGCUUUUGAGUAAACACGUGGUGUGGGCUUUAAGCGCCUCCUCUUCCCAUUGGACGUGUGUAAUUGUCAGAAAAGGUCGACCUUUCGGCUGCCCUCUGUGCUCCAUGUCGAGAAGGCAUUUCUAGACCCAUAUGUUUAAAGGAGGGAAUUUUGGGGACUGCCAGCCCCCGCCCCUCCUUCCAGGGAGUCAACUGCCCCUCUCCCCCACUGUCCCUGGGCCCUUGGGCACAGCCGUGGCUGUGUCCCCCGCCCGAGGACCCCUGUGCCUCCCGCCUCAGAUGCGGCCCACGCCAGAGAGGCUGACUGUAGCCAGGGUCAGCUUGGCCCCAAACGGAUUCAGAAACCAAAUGUGUGUUGUGGCCAUUUCAUGUGUGUCUGUCUUAUUUUAAUACCAAAUUCAUCACGUGUAGUGAAAUUAAUGUCAGGAGGUAUUACUUGAGUGACUGCAUUCUUAACUAUCUUAUCUGUGUUUUAAGUGUUAGCCUAAGGGCUAUGUGCAUUUUGUUGGCAACAUUCGUACACUGAAAUGAAUUCAUUCUGACCCCAGUUUUCAUAUAGAACUGUCAGUCCACGCUGCGUCCAGUCAUAGCUAAGAAGACAGCGUUCUGUCCACUGGGUCCCACUGAAUGAAGGGAAGGCCCAGGGCUAAGCAGCAGUUUGCUUCUUCCUCCUCAAGGUACGAACGUGCACCCCAGGCUGUCUCUGCAGGGGUGGGAGCUAAGCCUGCGUAAUAACCAGCAGUGUGCUGGGCUUGCCUUCUAGCGAGCAGUUCGGUGUCGCCAGUGUCGUGUGCAUGCUUGGCGAGUAUUUCCUCUGGGAUGUCAUUCCUGGAGUGCCUUCCUCAGAAGAUGCCCUGCCCCUUCGUGUGGGAAGUACUGGCUUCACCUCGAGGUGGAGGGUCAUGAGGGUGCCCCCUAAGGGGGCUGAGUGGCCUGCUGCUGGCACCCAACGUGCCACUUUGGGAUGGGGCCCCCACCAUGUAGCUUGAUGUUAAUGGGACCCUGCACCCUGAGUAUCCCUUUUUAUAAACAUCCAUCCAUGUUAAAAAUCUGUUUCAUAAGAUGCUUCUAGCUGAGCACAGUCCCAGCGUGACACAGAAACGGGGACUAUCUGUAGGGUCCACAGAAAUGAGAGUUCGCUGUAAUGAAGUGGAGCCUGGGCCACUCUCUUGGCCAGAACAGCACCUGCCUUCCCUGUGGUCUGGUGGAGCGUGGCCUGCCAAGCCGCCCAUCAGCUUCUCCUGGCUGCUCUGUUUCUCCACAUAGUCCAUCUCGGGGUGCCUUGCUACUGGAAGGAGCCCCUGGAACCACAGUUAAUGUGUUGGAUCUUUUUCAGAGCCCCACUGUCCCUUUAUGAAUCCUAAACCUUGGUGAGAGUCAGUCUGGGCAGUGGAGAGAGGGUUCUAGCCGCUGCCUCCUUGGCUUCAGGGAGAAACAGAACUUCUCAAUGCUGUCUUGUCUUCAGUGUGGUGGCCGUUUGAAAAGUCCUCUCUGGAAAGGAGCUGGCAGGCUGGCUUUGCAGUGGGGCUACCAGAGGACGAACUUUUGGCCUCCCAAGUUUGUAUUUAUUUUCUAUACACUACUCUUUACCUUUGAUUAUUCACACUGUCUUAUAGCAGCGGGGGAAUCCAAAACAAUUCCUGUCUGGUCCCUAAAGGGAUGAGGGCUAACAUUUGGCCAUAGUUACAUCGGCUUUGGGGAAAGCUCCAGACCCUUCGAAUAACACUUAAUGUCUGACAGAUUUCUCCUCCAGGCCCCGCUUUGCUAGUGGAAACUAACUUCAGGCUGUUGAAGCAGCACCGGCUCAUUGCUUCUCCAGGCAGCAGCAGAAUGACUUUGGCUUAGAAGGUCUAUGCAAUUCCGUCUCUACAGUAAAUGGGAGUCGGGCCGAGAAGGCCAUCAGCCAGUUCAGGUGGCCGUGUGCGGCGGCCAGUCCUUAGCACCACGCCUGGGGCCGCGGUUUUUGUAAAUGAGGCGAGUGGGCUGUGGAGUGGAUGCGGCCCUGGGUCCUGAAUUCAGCUGGAGCCCUUGUCGCCAGACCCAAGGCCUCUCUCCACGGUGGCUCCCGUGGCUCCUGCUGGGAGCCUCUUCCUGCUCCCGAGCAGACACUCUGAUAUCCCAAAGGUCCCACCCGGAACUGGGUUCCUAGCAUCCACAUGUUCCCAGGACCGCCUGCUUUCUCUGUAAUCACAGUGGCUUUUCCCCCACUGCCUUAGAGGUUCUCUCCCUUUAUUUCUCUGUUUUAUAGUCAUCAGGCAAAUCCAAAAUCAUAUAAACUCUUGGGAAAACAGAUCCUUAAGAUUUGUAGAUGGAUAUUGGGUGCUGAUCAACUAGCUUAGGCCUUGGUUCUUACAGAGUUUGAAUGUGAAGGGGCGCCCUAACUCUGUUCUUCCUUCCUUCCUCACCUCACUUCUGGAAACGAGCUCAGCGCCCAUGCUUGCCCCCCAAGGGGAAGGGAAUAGGGCAUCCUACCGUUUUUAAUGUUAUUCCAAGGAACUUUUGGGCAAACACUGAAUGCAGAACUCCACACUGAUACGGAACAUUAACUGUGAAUAUAUUUACCUGUGCUAUCCUGAGGACCAUACGACUAACGGACCAGCUUUUUCAAGUCUAGGAAAA